AUGUCUCGCGAUGUUCAUCGUGAUUCAAUGAAAAAAUUAUCACAUUCAAAUAGUGAUGAUGAUCUUCGCCGUCGGCCAACAGUCAUCACAGUUAACUCGAAACCAACAUCUCAUGGCGCCGAAGACAUAAGCUAUGGUGUUCGAGAUGAUGGUUCAUCGAUAUCGUCUUCAAAUGAAUAUGUUCCUUCAUCAUCGUAUCUCAAUUCUUCAGCAGCUUUAACAGGUACAACCAGAGGAUACUUGUCUGAUCGACAGCAUGUUAUGGCUAUGUCGGAACAACAAACAAGUAUCGCUCAUACAUAUGAUUUAUCGUUACCAAUCAAACUUUUUCCUGGAGAAGAGGAUGUGAAAUUAAAAGAAGAUAUAACUUAUCGUGCCCAUAAUCGACCGGCACCGUAUCGUGGUGAAUUAAUUGUAACAAAAUAUCGUCUAAUGUUUGUGACCAAACCACCGGAUUCUAUUCAAGUGCUUGUUGAUGUGCCUUUAGGUAUGAUAAGUCAGAUAGAAAAAAUUGGUGGACAAACACGAAGUAAUAUAAAUGAUGGUGCUGCAUAUGGAAUCGAAAUAAAUUGCAAAGAUUUACGUCAUUUCUUUUUCGGAAAUGCAAAAGAACAAAAUCAACGAAGAAAUCUACUUGAUCAACUGACCCGUCUUGUUUUCCCGUUUUCAAUCAGCAAAGCUGAUCAUACAAAUCCAUUUCAAUUUUUUAAUUCGUUCUUCGCCUUGGAUUACAAGAGAAAAUUUUGUAUAAAUGGACUCGAUGAAGGCUGGACAUUAUACAAUAAAAUGAAAGAUUAUACUAGAAUGCUGACAGUCAGUAAGGAUGGUAUUCAACAAAAUUCCGAUCCACAUUGGACCAUAAAUGCAGAAAUAAAUAAAACUUAUGCAUUAUGCGAUACAUAUCCAGAUAUCAUUGUGCUUCCGUCCAGUUUUGACUCAACACGACUACAACGUGUUGCUGAUUUUCGUAGCCGAAAUCGUAUUCCGGUUCUUAGUUGGUAUUCUCGUGAAACUUAUGCAACUAUAACUCGAUCAAGUCAACCGUUAACUGGUUUAGCUAAUCGAACAUGUGACGAUGAUAUUGAACUGUUACGUAAAAUAGCCGAUGCCAACGUAAACCAAGGCUUUAAAUUAGUUAUACUUGAUGCACGUCCAAAAGUUAAUGCAAUGGCCAAUAUGGCCAAUGGCGGUGGCUAUGAAGAUUAUCCAAAUUGUGAACUUGAAUUUCAUAAUAUUCAAAAUAUUCAUGUCAUGAGAGAAAGUUUGCGAAAGUUACAUGCAGCUGUGCGUAAUGCCGCACAUGAAGAUAAGACUUGGUUUAGCGAUUUAGAGAAUGCGAAUUGGUUGUUUCAUAUUCGAGCUAUUUUAACUGCGGCUAUUCGAUUAGUAUCGUUGGUUCACAAUGACAAACGUUCAGUAUUAGUUCAUUGUUCAGAUGGAUGGGAUCGAACAGCACAAUUGACUUCAUUAGCGAUGUUAAUGCUUGAUGCACAUUAUAGAACAUUAAAUGGUUAUAUGAUUUUAAUCGAAAAAGAAUGGAUUAGUUUUGGCCAUAAGUUCUUUUUACGUAUUGGCCAUGGAGAUAAAAGUGAUUCGGAACGAUCUCCCGUGUUUCUUCAAUUUCUUGAUUGUACAUUUCAAUUAUUACAACAGUUUCCAUCGGCGUUUGAAUUUAAUGAAAAAUUAUUAAUAACAAUCGCUGAUAACCUCUAUUCAUGUCAAUAUGGUACAUUUUUACUUAAUUCCGACAAAAUACGCACUGAAAUGAAAGUUUCUGAACAUACAAUGUCAGCAUGGACUCCGAUUUUACGUGAACGUGCCCUGUAUUUAAAUCCGUUUUAUACUGAAAGAUCUGAUAACGUUUUAAUACCAAAUAAUUCAUCUCGGCACAUUAAAUUAUGGAAAAAUUAUUAUUGUCGUUAUAUGCCUGGUUAUCGGUCGACAUUAGAUGUUUUAACGCAACGUUAUACAACAUUGCUUAAUUUACGUAAAAAAUUCACAGAUGAAAUUAAUCAUAUUCGACAAGAUGGCGACCAACAACCACGAUUAUUAUCGGGUGCACUCUAUCAAAGUCCAAUGACAACAAUAUCGACGAAUAUUUCUGCACAAUCAAAAUCGAAUGUUACUCAAGCCGCGGCCACUUUUAUGACUUAA